AAAAAAAAAAAAAAAUACUUGAAUUGACUAUUAGGGUUCCUUUACAAAUUUUGAGAUUCUUCAUUUGAUCCAAAUUCCUUUAGAGUCGAUGCCAAUCGGCCCAUGAAUUCGGUUUCCUUUCCACCGUCUUUGGUUCCUUGAAGCAAUAUUUUUCCCACCCAUUUCGCAAAAGAUGGCAUAGAUCUACAAUUCCCUCGAUCGCUAUAUUUCAGCAUGCGAUACAUGUAGCAUACAGGGGUGAAGAGGAUAAUUAAGGUUAUUGGGAUUAUAGUUCUAAAGAUUGUACCUUGAAGAUUUUGCUAUGCAUAUAGAGGAAUUGAAGGACAGAGAGCAAGAGGAGGAGAAGGAGCUAUCAGUUUCUGUGGACUUGCUCUGUAAAGCUGAUGGAUCAAUUGUGCUAUGGUUGGAUGCAAAGAGGAUUUUAGUUGGGGCAGGGGCACGGGCCCUCUUUUACCCGACUUUGCUUUACAAUGUGAUCAGGAAUAAGAUUCAGGCUGAGUUCCGUUGGUGGGAUUGGAUUGAUAAUUACGUACUAUUAGGUGCUGUACCAUUCCCCUCAGACAUCCACCGGCUGAAGGAGCUUGGUGUCAGUGGAGUUGUCACCUUGAAUGAGUCAUAUGAGACUUUAGUACCAUCCUCUCUCUAUGAAGUGAAAUAUAAGCAGAUGAUGCCUACCACUGCAUUUGAGUAUGUGAAGUCAAUACGACCCAGGGUCCUCUUGGCAUCUUCCCAAUGGAAGGCUGUUCAAGAAUUCUAUCUUCUGGUGGUCAAUGGUGGUCGUAUAUCGAGCCACACGAUUAAUCUGUCCUUCAGAAGCCCGAGAUCACGUGAUUUUUUCUCAUUUGACGAUUGCUCCAUGGUUGUUAUAACAGAAUCGGAUCUUGAUGGAUAUGAUGCUGAUAAUGCAUCAAAGUUUGUUAGAAAUAGUGUGUGGGGUGAUGUGAACUUGGUAUGCCAGGUCAGAAUUGUGAGUGAAGCUGCCUUGACCGGACUCGCCUACCUGUGGGUCCCACCUGUCACCGUGGUCAAAAGACUUCACAAUCGAGCGACAAGUGGACUAGUGUGAUGAGGUGGUUGGGUUUACAUUUCGUGCCAUACGAUGUACAGGUUGUUUACUGUAAGUAGAAUUAUGUAAAAAUAUACACUAUUACCUUGUCAUAUGAAAGAGAUCCUCGAUGAGUUACGUUGUAUAUUGAGACUCAGUUUCUGUAUACUUGUAAAUAUAAUAGGAGCUUCCACAUGGUGGAUUUGCUUUGUUUGACAUGAUAAAACGGUCCAGACAGAUACAUGUCUUCGAAAGUUGUAAUCGCAGUAUUGGAAAUAUUCUCAUGUAAUUAUUGAUGAAAUCAAAACACAGUUGUAUCAUUUUUUAUAUUAUCUUCAAAUUGAAGGUAAGGAACAAUGUGGUUUCUUGAUAUCGUCAUCCGAUAGUUGAACAUGACUGCCAGUCACUUUGAUGAACGUGAGCCGUCCACUUUUAUCCAACAUUUUCAAACAAAUAAAGUCCUCAAGGUAUAGCUUUGUCUGCAUGCCGUGAAUUUGAAGAGAACUCAGUGUCUAUUGAUUCAGCAUUUGUCGACCCAAGACAGGAUUUCGUUCAGGCUGCUCGUUGUUGAGCUUUGGGAGGAACCUGCAAACUUUUCAGGGGGCUCACGUCCAAGCCACAUCCAACGUGGCUUCUCUCGAAGGUAUGGAACAACGUGCUUUUUGAUAUCACUAUCCGAUAUCUUAACAUGACCGCCAGUCACAGUGAUGAACUUGAGACGUCCACUCUUAUGCAAGAUUUUUAAACCAAUCCAAUCCUCAAGGUAUGGCUUUGUCUGUAUAUGCCAGUGAAGGCGAAGAAAACUUGUUAGCAUUUGUCUAUGUUAAUCGAGCCAGGGUACAUAUGUAUGUGCAUGGCAGAUUAUAUAUGAUUGUGUUUGGUAAGCAUAUAUAAGUUAGCUUAUAACUUAUUUGAUUAGCAUAUAAGUUUCAUGUAUUCUUGGGUUGGGAAAUUAUCCAACAAGCUUAAUUGGAUAGCUUUUCAAAUAAGUCCAUUGAAAUUUUUAUUCAGCUAGUUUAUCAACUAAUUUUACAAAUAUUUUUAUCAUAUAAGCUAGCUUUUUCAGCCAUAAGUAAGCGUUACCGGUUAUGAGCUCAAAGUUCACUUAAAUGCUAUAAUCUAUCUUAUAUAAGAUAGGUUUACCAAACAUAGCCUAUAUAUAUAGCUCAGUACCU